AGGGCGGGACUGCGGACCGCGUUAGAGGAAGGGGCGGGCUCAGGGUGACGGAAGGGGCGUGAUCCGGAAGGGAGGGGGCCAGGUUGCCGCCAAUGAGGAAGCCGCGGCCCCGGUCCCUCCCCCAGGGCGACGGAACCUCUUCCCCCUGCCCAAGCCCUCCGCCCGCCCUGGGGCUCUCCCCGCCCCCGCGUGGGGUUAGUCUUGUUUUGCCCAAAGCGUUCCUUAUCUUUAUUUCCACGAUGUUGCUCAGUUCCAGUCCCCACCGGGGAAGCCCCACCUUACCGGGGACCCAACUCUGGCCGCCCUUAGCCCGGCUCAGGCGCGUCCCGCCUUCCUCCAGUCCGUCCCGAAGCGCCUCCCCUGGACGGCCCUUGGUGCAAGCUCCACCCUUCUCCCCGGGGCCGCCGCCGCGGCUCGGCCUCCGCUGUCCCACGCUCCCCUAGCCCCUCCCUCGGACAUCCCCUC